CACACACACGCACACACACACACACACACACAGUCUCCAUUACAGACAAACAGACUCUUACAACACAUGGACCUAUGUGAACUCAGAGGUAGCGUUGGAUUUAUAGAGAAGAACUUUUAAAAAGAGACAACUCUUUCAUCUUCUAACCUCGCAGCUCCAUCAUGGCGGCAGCCAGAACCUCCCGCUCUGAAGCAUUUGAGGAUUAUUCCGUCUACAGCACCCUGAGUGAUGACGAGCUGAUGCAGCUCGCCAUUGAGCGCAGUCUGACCGACACACCCUGCAACAACGCCAACACCAUCACUGCUGUUACUGCCACCACUCCAAACACUAACCAACUGAAACCGAGCCCCAGCUCCCACAAUCCCACUGCACACUACAGCUCCCACAAUCCACCGAGUGAAGAGCCUCCUGAUCCGAAGACGUUUGAUGGGACAAUCAGUCGCUACAUCACAGGUUCUGGGAAGAGAAUGGUGGCGUAUCGCAGACAUGACGGCACUUUGGUCCACACCGCUCCAGAACCUGAAGAGGAGGAGGAGCCUCUGUUCAAAGCGAUCCGUGUUGGUGAUGUGAGCAGAGUGAAAGCGUUUGCGAUGCGUCUGGGAACAAACCUGAUGCUGCCGAGUAAACCGGGCUGGCUCGCGAUCCACCAGGCGGCGUGGUACGGUCAGGACACCUGUAUGAGAGUACUGCUGUCAGCUCAGCCGGGGAUGAUCAACAAGCGAACGGACCGUGGCGAGACGGCGCUGCUGGUCGCUGUCAAGAAAACCCAGCUGCGAUGCGUUGAGGUGCUGCUGGAAAACCGAGCGGACCCCGACACCCCGAACUACAACAAAGAGACGCCGCUUUACAAAGCCUGUGAGAAGGGCAGCGCUGCAAUAGUGGCGGCGUUGUUGAACCAUGGCGUGGCGGUGAACACUCCCUGUAUCUGGGGUUGCACCGCCCUGCACGAAGCUGCGUCUUCAAACAACGUGGAGAUCGGUGAGAUGCUGCUGAAGGCCGGAGCCAAACACAACCUCCCCAACACCUACGGCAUCUCGCCGCUGUUCAGCGCAGCUCAGGGCGGGCAGCUCGCCGCCCUGCGCCUCCUCAUCAAACACGGUGCAGACAUUAAUAGUCAGGCUGCUGAUGGAGCCACCGCUCUGUAUGAAGCUGCUAAAAAUGGACACCAAGAAAUUGUGGAGCUCCUCCUCUCUCAGAAGGCCGACGCCAACAAACCUGGAAGGACCGGGUUGUUACCGCUUCACAUCGCCGCUCAGAGAGGAAGUUACACCAUCGUCUCCAUGUUGAUCCCGGUCACCAGCAAGACCAGAGUCCAACGGACUGGCAUCAGCCCGCUCCACCUGGCCGCUGAGCGUAACCGCGACGACGUCCUUGAGGCUCUGAUCGAGGCGGGCUUCGACGUCAACGCUCAGCUGUCCGAAGAGCGAUCGAAGCUGUACCAGGACCGCCGCAGCACGGCGCUCUACUUCUCCGUCUUCAACAACAACAUCGAAGCGUUGCGCAUGCUGCUUGAGGCCGGCGGCGACCCGAACCUGGACAUGUUUAGGCCGCUGAAUGUGGCGGCGAGGCAGGGCUGCAUCCGGACCGUCACCCUGCUGGUGGAGCACGGGGCCGACAUCAACGCCUCCAUCCCCACGCACCCCACCACCUUCCCCGCCGUUUACAUGUUCUCCAUGAAGUACCUGCCCAUGUUCAAGUACCUGCUGGACCACGGAGGCCACGCCCUGUCCUGCUUCAACUGUGUCUACGGUAACCGACCACAUCCGCCAAUCAAAACAACGCGAUCAGAGAGGGACUUCUCCCACGCUGACAGUGUCCCCCAGCUGAGGGGCGGCGUUCAGUUCUGUGAGGUGAUCUCGGCCCCUAAUAUCUGUCGGUGGGCGGGGCCAAUCAUUGACGUCCUGUUGGACUACGUUGGUCAUGUGACUCUCUGCUCCAGACUGAUGGAACACCUGGACAGUUACUCUGACUGGAGCGUCAUCAAGGACAAAGCAGCACCCCCCCGCUCGCUGCAGCAGCUCUGCAGGCUCCAGAUUGUUCAGCUGGUUGGAUGUCGCCGUGUGAAGAGGUUGCCGCUGCCUGGAGGUCUGAUCCGCUUCCUGCAGCACCAGGAGAGAUGUGACGACGACGACUGAGAGAAAACACUUCAUCCGGUUUAAUGAAAGGAGGCUAUUGAUUAGUAUUGAUUACUAUUGCUCAGUAGUGAUUAGUAUUGAUUACUUGGGCCCAGUAGACCUGGUCACUGAUUCGACCAUGUGUCUGCAGCGUCCUGGUUCUCAUGUUUCUCAAAACUAAACGCUGAUUGUUGAAAUCACUUUUAGAUGGCUGAAUGUACCAGGUGUUUCCAGGUAGUUUCCAGGUGUUUCCAGAUGUUUUCCAGGUGUUUGUAUAAUGGACGGAACUUGAAACAUAUUAGUUUUUAUUGUAACUUGGCACGAGCACAAAGUAUAUCUUACGUCUGCAUUUCUUAGUGAAAUAAGCUGAUAAAAUGAAUUGAUUAAUGUGAUGUUGGUCGACACUCAGCUUUUACUAUGUUUGAACAAUAAUGUGUAUUGUUAUUAUCUCGUAGUUGAUUAUUGUAAUGUUUCUGUUCUGUCACAAUGGUGAUCAAUCAGUUUAAUGAUCGGACACAGUUUGGCCUUCAGCCGCAGUGAGGUAACAUUCAAAGUGAAACACCUGUAGAAGCACAUUUAGUUUAUGAACGUAGGUUACAUACAUACAGUACAUGUUACAUACAUACAUGUUACAUAUAUGUUACAUAUUUACAUGUUACAGUUGAGUCUGGAUUCAUGAUGAAGAUACGGUUUAUUAAUGUUUAAAUUAAAAAUGUACAUUUUAAUAAACAUGUUUUCUCCUUCCAA